UGAGAGAUUGCACAGACCGCCUGCAGCCUCCGACGCCCCGCUUCCAGCCGGGGACGGCGCCAGGGAACUGUAGUUCGCGGGCGCCGAAACGGAGCUGAGCGAGCGCGGGGAGCAGCGCCGGAAGACUAUCGCCUAACCACUGAGCAUCACUGCCAGGGAAUGGUCAGGGGCAGGUGGUGUAUAUGACGGUUGAACCCCAUCGACCACAAUCCAAUCCUUUAAAGGACUAGAAGAUCAACCAAGAAGAUAGCUGUUCCUUCCUCUCGUGUUUCUGGCCAGACUUUCAGGGAUUGAGAGCAAAGAUACGGUAGUUUUCUGUCAAUAAACCGGAUUCUAGAUUGGCCCAGUGAACUUUGGAAGCGAUGAAGAAGCAAAAAUCUACAGGUGUGGAACUGGAACUCAGACCAGACCCAGCAGGAAAAGCAAGCAGAGUGCUCCUGCCUGGAAUUACGAACAAGCGACCAGGAUAUGGAGCGUCUCAAGAUGGCAAAGGGGGACCCAGCAAAGGGAGGCAAGAGCAAUGGGAAGCCCAAUGGCAGCAGUUCCUGAAGACCCUACAGCCCCUUCACCCAGAAUGCAGAAGCCCCCCAGAGACGCCUGAGUCUGCCCCCUGGGAAGACGCCAAGGCCUUCCUGGCCUCCUUUGAGCAAGUGGCCAAAGCCUGCCGCUGGCCCAGAGGAGAGUGGGCGGCCCGGCUCCUGCCUGCGCUAAGUGGGGAAGCAGACGAGGCCUUCCAGAGCCUGGAAGCCGGAGACAGAGAGGAUUAUGGGAAGGUGAAGGCGGCCAUCUUGCGAGGCGCCGCCCUGAGGACGGAGGCCGAGCGCCAACACUUCCGGCGGUUCUGCUGCCAGCAGGUGGAGGACCCCCGGAGGAUCCACCUCCAGCUGCAGGAUCUCUGCCACCGAUGGCUGAAGCCGGAGAGACGCAGCAAGGAGCAGAUCCUGGAGUUGCUGGUCCUGGAGCAGUUCCUGGCCAGCCUCCCGCCAGAGCUGCAGAGCUGGAUCCGAGCAGGAGGACCAGAGUCGUGUUCGCAGGCUGUGGCCCUGGCGGAGGAGUUCCUGAUGGCCAGACAGCAGGUGGGCAGAAUAGACAAAUGGCAGGGGCCUCUGCAAGAGGUGUGUUUGGGUUCUCUGGAUGCAGUCGAGGAUCCCUCAGAAGCCGCCAAGGGGCAGGUCUGCUACGAAGGGAAGCAGGACAGCGAUGGGGAGAUCAGGUUGCUGGGCAGCGGAAUCAAGUGCUCAGGUCACUCUAGUUCCUUGUCUCCUGCGGAAGGACAGAGGAUGGCUGAAUCGGGUCUGAAUGAGGGGCUGGUGAGCCUCAAGGAGGCAGGUGUCUCAUUGCACCUAGUGGAGCCGUCUCUGAUCCAGCCAGGCCAACAGACAAUGUUCUGGCAAGUCCUGCAGGAGGAAGAUGGGAACUCCGAAUCCUUGGAGGGAUUUUUGGCGCCCAAACCUGAUUUCCCCUCCCACCCCAAAAAGGAGGACGAGGUGUUCCACCAGUUCUCGGUGCGAUGUGAACGACCCUCAGACCAAGCUAUGGAUGAUGGGAAGCGAAGCGAGCUCAAGGUGGAGAAUUCGCAAUAUGGAGGAAAUGACCCAGAGCCACAACCAGAUAUGGGCCAAGGGAAUGGACCAAUGGCAGCUGAGCUGUGUGAGAAAAGAUGUGAGUCAGACAGGGAACAGGGGAAGAAGCCUCUAGAAACUGAGAAUGGAUCCAACAAGUUCUCAGAAGGUCUUGGAGUUGUGGGUAGAGGAAAUUGCUCUGUUGAUACAAGGGAGGAGAAGCUCUCGUUCGCAAAGUAUGGUAGACUGACCCGCUGUAAAUCAGGACAUGUUGCGAAACGUGCUGGAGAGGACCGUUCUGAACGUCCCGCGAUGGUGGAUUGCUCCCUGCAGGAUCCAGGCCGUCCACAAAGGCAUGCGGGGGGCAAAUUAUACCAACGCUCAGAGAGCAGGCAACGCUCUCAUCCGAGAAAGGACCUUCUUGGACAACAGAGGAUCCGAGGAAGAGGGAAAUCCUACGGCUGCCCCGAGUGCGGGAGGAACUUCUCUCGGGGAUCGCAUCUGAAGGACCACCUGCGAAUUCAUACCGGAGAGAAGCCUCACAAAUGCCCCGAGUGGGGGGGCUGCUUUCCUCGGGCGAUAAACCUGAUGAGACAUCGGAGAACCCACACCGGAGAGAGGCCACACAGGUGCCCCCGUUGCAAAAGUAGCUUCGCUCGGAAGGAUGAGCUGCUCCGGCAUCAGAGGACUCGCAAAUGUCAAAGAAACUGGAUCAAGAUGGAGUGUUCUCAGUAUGGAGGAAAUGAACUGGAGGAAUCACCUAGGUCUCUUCCACAGGUAGACCAAAGAAAUGUGUCAGUGGCAGCCAAGGUCCACGAGGAAAGAUCUGAGUUCAACAGUGGGCUGGAGAAGAAGCCACCGACAGCUCAGAAGGAAUCCAGUAGCCUCUCAGAAGGUGAUGGGAAAAAACAUUGGAUCAAGAUGGAGAAAUCUCAGCUAGGAGAAGCACAUAGGACGUUAGCAGAAAUGUCCCGGUGGGAUUUCCCUGGGGCAUCUGAAAUUUAUGAGGACCGAUGGGAAUCCAAAGAGCAUCAGGAGAAACAGCUGCUGAUGGAGAAAAAAAAUGAAUACACAGAGGUCAUGCAAAUUCUCCCACCUGCUGUUAGCACCGUGCAGACACAGAGGGGAAAGCUCUACCCCAAGCAGGUCAGAAAAUCCCGCUACAAAUCGGGACUUCUUAUGAUCCCCAACAGGGAGAACGCCUAUAAAAGUCCCACGCUGGAAGAAAACGUCCAGCUGAAGUGUUUAUUGGAUAACCGUCCAGGAAUCUCUGCAGGCGAGAGGCAACAUGAACUCUCUGAGGGCAGGAAAGGCGUCCGCCGUGGGGACGGUUUGAUUGGGUAUCAGAACAAUCGCACGCAAGCGGAUCCCUACGAAUGUCCCGAGGAUUGGAAAAGCUUCGGGAACAGAAAGGCGUUAAAGAGGGAUCAAGGGAUUCAGACGGAGGGGAGGCGAUACCAAUGUACGCAGUGCGGGAAGUUCUUCAGACACAGGCAGACGCUGACUAAGCACCAGAAAAUUCACACGGGAGAGAAACUGCACGAGUGCCCCGCCUGUGGGAAAGGGUUCACCUCUAGGGAGCCGUUACUGAGACAUCAGAGGAUCCACACGGGUGAGAAGCCGUACGAAUGCCCUCAGUGUGGAAAGUGCUUCAGGCAGAGGGUGCACCUGAUGUGCCACCAGAAAACCCACACGGGAGAGAAGCCGUUCAAAUGCCCCGAGUGCGGGAGGAACUUCUCUCGGAGGGAUAAGCUGAUCAGGCACCAGAGAAUCCACAGACGGCAAAGGCCUUAUUCGCACCCGGAGGGCGGGAAGAGUUUCGAUCAGAGAGCAGCGCUGGUGAAACACCAGGGCCUCCAAGAAGGGUGCUGAGAGACUCUUCUGCUCUGUAGACGGCAACACGUUUUCCACAGUCGGGAGGGAAGCAGGGGCUCGAGCUCCCGUCCCUGAAAGCAGGUUUUAAGCAGGUUGCAUUGCCACAGAGAAAUAAAUAUGGUGGUACCUCAGUUUUCGAAUGUAAUCUGUUCCAGAAGACCGU